CUUCGUUGAGUCGGUGACUCUUCUCGGCCAUUUCAUACGACGGAGCGCCAGCUCAGUUUCGGCUUAUUUUGCCGAUCCCACUACUCGUUAUAUACGAAGCCCAUCUCACGCUCUGCUCUCCGAUCUCCGACCUCGAGCGGCUUCAUCUUGAUCGAUCUCUGACCUCGACUAGUCUCGUUUCCUUGACUCGAUUCGUACAAGAUCGGUGCUCUCUUGCGAGAUCCGAGCAAUGGCGAAGGAGACUGCCAAUGGCGAGCAGCAUACCAUCACGAGGCCGCCUCCGACUCCUUCGCCACUCCGGUUUUCCAAAUUUUUUCAGCCCAAUCUGCGAAUUCUGGUUACUGGAGGGGCAGGAUUCAUUGGAUCCCAUCUUGUUGACAAGUUGAUGGAAAAUGAGAAGAAUGAGGUUAUUGUUGUGGAUAACUACUUCACUGGCUCCAAAGACAACCUUAAAAAAUGGAUUGGGCAUCCAAGAUUUGAGCUUAUUAGACAUGAUGUUACGGAGAAAUUGUUGGUCGAGGUUGAUCAGAUCUAUCAUCUUGCUUGCCCAGCUUCUCCCAUUUUUUACAAGUACAACCCUGUUAAGACAAUAAAGACAAAUGUUAUUGGCACCUUAAACAUGUUGGGGCUUGCCAAAAGGGUUGGAGCAAGGAUCUUGUUGACAUCAACCUCAGAGGUAUAUGGUGAUCCUCUGGAGCAUCCUCAGAAGGAAGAGUAUUGGGGCAAUGUUAACCCAAUAGGAGUCAGGAGUUGCUAUGACGAGGGGAAACGUGUGGCAGAGACACUGAUGUUUGAUUAUCACAGGCAGCAUGGCAUAGAAAUUCGAAUCGCUAGAAUCUUCAAUACAUAUGGACCACGCAUGAACAUUGAUGAUGGCCGUGUAGUUAGUAACUUCAUCGCUCAAGCAAUUCGAGGUGAGCCACUAACGGUUCAAUCACCAGGAACACAAACUCGAAGCUUCUGUUAUGUUUCUGACAUGGUUGACGGACUUAUCCGGCUGAUGGAAGGAGAGCACACCGGUCCUAUUAACAUAGGGAACCCAGGUGAAUUUACGAUGAUGGAGCUGGCCGAGGCCGUCAAGGAGCUGAUCGACCCAGCAGUGCCUGUGAAGAUUGUGGAGAACACACCUGAUGACCCCCGACAGAGGAAGCCAAACAUCACAAAGGCCAAGGAACUACUUGGAUGGGAGCCUAAGAUUACUCUUCGUGAAGGCCUACCGCUUAUGGAGGAUGACUUCCGGCAGCGGCUGGGUGUAUCAAAGAAGCAUAUCAAUUAGUCCCAAGUCUAUUUCCAAAGAAGUUGCAUCUCCACGGCAUUUGUGCAUCUUAUCGGAAUAAGCCAAUCUGUCGUGUCUAUCCAAUUACUUGGUAAAUAUCAAGAACGGUUGAAAUACUUAUAGUACCUUCAAAGACAAAAAUGAACCAAGUAUAUGAUGAAUGUUCAUGCAAGUAUGUAUCGAGAACAGUUACACUGAUGUAUUUCUUUGGUUAUUUCUGCCUUCCUAAGAAGCUAAUCUGUUUGAUGCA